GGAAGCGAGCGCGUUCAACCGUAAUUCGCGUCCUUCGUCUCGCCCGGUUGUGAUGUGUAUUUCGCCUCAGGGUGUAGCAGUGUUAGAAAACUGAUUUCUGGACUGGUCCAGGCAUUUCGGUGUUAACCGAGAUUACUUGUAGCUAGUGUUCGCUUUUAGUAAUGACACUGACAGCUGAGAGCAGCUCGACACGUAAUUCAAACAAGUGUUACCGUGAUGUGACGGUAAUUAUUUUGACCUCUAGGAUGAGAUAAUAAUCAGCCGCGUUGCACUGACUGCUUUUGGGUCAGUCCUCGUACACAUUUUAAAGACUUUUAUAUUGCAUGUAAAAACAUGGCACUACUAUGCGGAAGUCUUUUCAGGAGCAGUCGCUUGUGUUUUCUUUCUUCGCAUUCGGUAGGAAACCUCCAGGUAUGCAGACGAGCUGUCUGUCCCGCGAAGAGGGCACACUUUCAGAGCAGCUGUCAGACAACAAUAACUGGCUCUGCACGCUCGGCCAGUUUUCAGAUUUACUCCAAAGCCGCUGCACCUCUUCCCCGCGGUCCUGUCCUGACACCGUGCGGGCACUGCUUCCACACUUCUGCCCGCCUGAGCGCCCUGCCUGCUCCCUUCAUAUGGAUGAUAAUCAAGCCUUUGCAAAAGGUUGUGGCUAUAAUACUGGGCAGGAGUAUAAGGAAGUGGUGGGUGGCUUUACCAGACAACCGCCGGCAGCUCAUGCGCAAAUGGGCAUGGCAGAGGCGCUGGCAUCUGGCAGGGGGUGCAGGUGUUGCAAUUAUGAUUGUAGCCCUCUUCCUCCUAACCCACCUGGAUGAGUCCCCGCUGACAGGACGAACCCGCCUUCUUGUGUUCAGUAAGGAGGACUACAUGGAGCUGGCGGCUCUGACUUCAGAGGUGUACAUGCAAGAGUUUGCCGAGCUGCUUGUUCCAGUCACUGACGUUCGUCACCAGGUGGUGGAGCGGGUGGUGGAGCACCUGGCACAAAGGAACAAGGACAUCCCUGGAGUGUCUGACAUCACCUGGAGUGUCCAUGUAGUGCAAAGUCCCAGUAUCAAUGCCUUUGUACUUCCAAAUGGGAAAGUGUUCAUGUUUACUGGGAUGCUGGAAGCUAUUGCAGAUGUUCACCAGCUCACUAUUGUUCUGGGACAUGAGAUGGCACAUGCCUUACUGGGGCACACUGCAGAACAGGCCAGUGCGUCUCAUGUCCUGGAGCUGCUGUCUGUUGUUCUGCUGAUAGCCAUCUGGGCCAUGUGUCCUCACGACGGCCUGUCAAUGCUAGGACAUUGGGUACAGGGCAAACUUAGAGAGCUGCUGUUCAGCCGCCCCUUCAGUAGGAAACUGGAGGCUGAGGCAGAUCAAGUCGGAUUGCAGUUGGCUGCUAAGGCAUGUGCGGAUGUGCGAGCAGGACCUGUAUUCUGGCAGCAGUUGGAACUCAGAGACCAGCUGUCAGGAGAGGCCACUUUACCCGAGUGGCUGUCCACACACCCUUCGCACAGGAACAGAUUCACUCAGCUGGACCGUCUCAUACCAGAGGCUCUGGAGCUGAGGGAAAAAUGUGUCUGUCCUGCACUGCCUGCUACUGAUCCUCGUGAUGUUUUCUCCAAAAGCGUGCGGGUGUUGCUGGAAAACGCUAGGGAGCAACGGAGUGGAGGGCCACAGACGGAACACAAGCCUCUGUUACCCCACAGCCCCACCUCAGUGCCCACAAGACUGCCUGCAGCAUUCCUUGCCCAAACAGCACUUCCUCCUUCCCCAGAUGCAGAUCAGUUAAGCAAUGGCCCGGUCCCAGCUGCAGUUCCGAAGAGAGUUAUGACUGCCCCUGCCACUGCUACCGCUGCAGAGGAGGGAUCCCAGCACGUACUGCAGAGCACCAGCUGACAGGAGUGUUAAAUCAUCACAGACUUCCUUGAAUAAACUUGACUGACUAUAGUGAGGUAUUUACUGCUGCUAAAACCUUUCCCUUAUUUCCCAUUUAAAAUUAUACACCUAUGCAUCUGGGGGCACGGGAUAAAUUCUUGCCCACCAUUGCAGAGACUGCAGAUGCCACAAUAAUUGAGGGUGGAGUUGGAGGUGGUUCUAUAAAGGGGGUGGGGGGUGGUUAUUAUAUAAAUCAGUAGAAAAUUGAGGUAAAAGGUUGGCAAAGAUAAAUAAAGAAUGUUAUCCAUGCCUAAUGACUACAAAGAUACCACAUUAAUUAGAUAACCUUGAAUAGGAAAAUACUGAAUUAAUUAGCUUCCAUACAUUGCGAGAUUAAUAUGCGCAUUAUUCAUUGACACAUGGCAACAGCCGAGAGUAAGCACUUACACGUACUUGUUGGAGGCUGCGUCCAUGGCAUCCAGAGGACAUCUACAUUCUCAUUAUGACUACUGCAUUCUCAUGCCACACGCACAGCACUUUAUGCGUUUUCUAGCCCCGGGGACUUAAUGGUGUAAAUUUAUGCUGGGUUGUUUGCAGGUUUUAAAACACAGCGUUCCACACAGGAAUGCCAAUAUCAGCCGUCAAGCUUUGAGAAAUCUUUCAUGGGAUUUUGUAAAAUCUUAUUUAACAAGGCAAGUUGACUGAGAAAACAUUGAUAUUUACAACAACAGCCUGCGGGAGCAGAGGGGAGGGCCGUUAUGGUUCAGAUCUUGGUAAUGUUUUAUGCGUGUGUGCUGACAAAAUGGUAUACUUGGUUAUACUGUGAAAUCAAAAUGAUACUAUUUUUUUUUUUUUUUUGUUGGGGGUGGGAUUUCAUUUGUGUCAUGCUUUUAGACACUGAGCCUGAAUUAGCUUCAGUCAGGAGCCUUACACCUGCUGUGGAGGCUUUCUCUUACAGGGUAAUGAAAGGCAAUGAAAAACUAAGAGAAUAAUGGUUUUUGGACAUCCAUAAGUCAGCAGAUAUGUGUUCAAUUUGCAGGCAGCUUGUAAAAAAUUCAAACUUGGAUAUUCCCCCCCAUUCCAAGAUCUAUAAAUUGACAUGGAUCAAAGGGGCACAUACAACAACAUAAAUGGGACUGGAAACCCAAUGUAAUAUGGACUCUGCGUAAAAGUAUCAGCCUGUGUGACAUUACAUAAGAGAACAUCAAACACCUUGCAUCGUCACACCAACCAAUUAGACUCUAGGGUGAAAGAUGAGUUUCUUUUGAAGUGUUCAUAUGCGUGUGUGUGUGUGUGUGUGUGUGUGUGUAUGGCAGUAGCAGUUACUUAUUGAAGCCUGGGUCCUGGGGAAUAUCCUUGCUGCCUGUUAACAGCUGAUCACAGAGAUGUAAAGUUUUGAAAUCUCAUUGACAGUAUUAUGCAAAGCCAGUUGUAAUCGAAUGAAAGCUACCAGAAUACCCAUCAGUCAGCCUCACUGCGGCUCUUUUGUAAUGUCUGCCAACUGCUACAAGUUCUAGCUUCUCGAAUACAAGAUCAAUUUUGUGUAAAUUAGGUAUAUUAAACAGCUUUGGAGUGCGAGCCUUUUCACU